AUGCAGAUCUUCGUCAAGACUCUUACGGGUAAAACAAUUACGCUCGAAGUCGAGCCAUCGGAUACAAUUGAAAAUGUCAAGGCUAAAAUCCAAGACAAAGAAGGUAUCCCACCUGAUCAACAACGUUUGAUUUUCGCCGGGAAACAACUUGAAGAUGGACGUACUUUAUCCGAUUAUAACAUUCAAAAAGAAAGUACCUUACACUUAGUAUUACGUCUUCGUGGUGGUACAAUUGAGCCAACACUCCGUAUGUUAGCACAAAAAUACAACUGUGACAAGGUUAUCUGCCGAAAAUGUUAUGCUCGACUUCAUCCACGUGCUGUGAACUGCCGUAAACGUAAAUGUGGUCAUACAAGCAAUUUACGACCAAAGAAGAAACUCAAAUAA